UGGGCACUCAAACGACGCACCAUUAAAACCAUCAAAUAAAAGGAAAAACAAAACAGUCAAAUACUUAAUCCAAAAAGCAAGAAAAUGAAACCCUAAACUGAACUAAAAAAGAGGCAUUCGAUCAAUUUCCUUAAUCUACGAGCCCUAGCUGCAUCAGCACCAGAGGUAAAAGCUUCCCACCCAUCUCCGGCGAAAAAAGAAAAAACAUUAAAAGCUCUUUAGAAAAAACAUUAAAAGCUCUUUAGAAGCCUUCUGUAAAAUGACUGAGUUCUUCGGAACUACCUUGAUAUAUUUCUGGUCUCAUCCCUCACUCUCUAACCCCCUUCUCAUUCCCUGUCCGUUCUCUUUCAACCAACUCCACCACAGAAACCGGGGCUUCCUCCAUCCAGUAUUCCGGUUGUUCGUGGUGCCAUCCUGCUUUGGCCAAAGUGUGCGAAGCGCUAUUCGCCAGACAAGGGAGUCUCCUUCCACACAGUUAUGUCGAAAGCCCAGAUCUUCCCCAAAUAUGACAACAUGCAAACACGCCCAGGCUUCUGCCAUUGCAGGCGUCGCUAUAUUUUUACUCGGUUUGCGACUCCCAGUCCUUGCAGGAUCUUAAUUGUGAAGUUACAGUCUCGAAACAAGUGGGCCACUGACUCCACAUCCAACUUACAUAAUGGGCACCGAUCGUCUCUUACCAGCCCUCUCUUAUUCAAAUUGUGGAGCGUAUGCAUUAGUUCUUUAGAUAGCUUCCACAUACCUAUUUUUAUUUUGUUAGACAACUUUAGUUUCCACAAUUAUGUAUAAUAGGUCUUCGAUUCUGCUUGGUGUAUUGUAAGGUUGGCUUCCGUAUUGAUUAUGUCAGUUGUAAAAAGUCAUUUGUAUUCGUUUUUAACUGUGUACUCACAUGAAUCAUCACAUCUCCACACCAAUACGUUUGGC